GGUGUUUGGCUGGGUGCGAUGCGUCUUCAUGUCUGCUUUUAAACACACGAGCAGCGGUUCACUGUGCUUGCGGACUACGGUGAAGGGAUCGUCCCAGAGCAGCGCGAGCAUCCGUCUGUUGACGCCAGUAAGCCAGCAGCAGUACAGCAGGGGAAGCUAGCUCCAACCCCGCUUAGACUCGGUGACAGUAGCCUCGGAGCCAGGCAGAGUCGGUGAGCCAUGGGUUUCCGCAAGAAGAACAAGAGCCCACCGGUGCUGAGCCACGAGUUUGUGAUCCAGAAUCACGCCGAUAUGGUGUCGUGCUUGGCCAUGAUCAUCCUCCUUGGCCUGAUGUUUGAGGUCACAGCAAAGUUUGCCAUCAUGUUCAUCACAGUUCAGUACAACGUAACUCAAGUUCUUGAUGAGAAAAGUGAGCCAGUCAACCUUUACCAGUACGGCCCUAAAGACGUGGCCACCGUCUUUUUUUACCUUCUUAUUGCAGUCAUUCUUCAUGCCUUGAUACAAGAAUAUAUUCUCGACAAAAUGAACAGAAGGUUGCACCUGUCAAAAACCAAACACAGCAAGUUCAAUGAGUCUGGACAGCUUGCAGCAUUCUACCUGUUCUCCUUCAUCUGGGGCUGCAGCAUCCUAACAGCGGAGGACUUUGCAACAAAUCCUACUUUCUUAUGGGAGGGUUACCCACAUACUCACAUGGUUUUUCAGGUCAAGUUCUUCUACAUUUGCCAAAUUGCCUAUUGGCUCCACGCACUUCCUGAGCUGUAUUUUCAAAAAGUACGGAAGGAAGACAUCCCCCGCCAGCUUUAUUACAUUUGCCUUUAUGUUGUCCACAUCACUGGUGCCUAUGUCUUAAACCUUCACCGACUGGGCCUGGUGUUGCUGGUCCCUCACUACCUAGUGGAGCUUCUGUUCCACGCUUCACGCCUCUUCUACUUCAGUGACGAGAACAAGCAAAAAGGUUUUACUCUGUGGGCGCUACUUUUUGUCAUCGCCCGCCUCCUCACCCUCACGCUCUCGGUUCUGACAUUCGGUUUCGGCCUGCCCCGAACAGAAAACCAGGGCUUUUCCCUAGCUGAAGGCAACUUCAAUGUGCUCACCAUAAGGAUGACUUGUCUGGCAGCUAUCUGCCUGACACAGGCCUGGAUGAUGUGGAAAUUCAUUAAUUUCCAGCUGAAAAAGUGGAGAGAGCACAGCCAGAACCAAGCCUCAAAGAAGAAGGCGGUCAGCCCAAAGAGCAAGCCUCACAAAAAGGAACCUACAAGGGGUGGAGCUGCCAAUGGAGUUGUCAAAUCUGAAGAUAAAACCUCGCCACGGGCAAGGAAAGCCAAAGCUUCAUAGAGCUUAACAGAGAGGGGGAGGGGAGUGUGAGGGAGUUCUGACAAUGUGACACUGUCUUUACACAACUUAAAAUUAUGUCUAUGGCUCCCCAAAACAAAUGGUUAAGUGGGCUAGGAAACCUUACAUGACUGUCCCUUUGGGGGGUUGAAACUCUUUUCUGAAAAAGUUCAGUGUUACCGUCUGCUAGAAAUGUUUGUUAUUCAUUUGGGUUCGCAGGAGAUGGUGACAGGGCAGUUCUGGUUUUGAUGCUUUAACAGGAUGGAUUUAGCUAAUCAAGUGUCCUUUUGUGUAAAGCUAAGAUCACUUGUCGGGUACUUUAAACUGAGUUGCUCUUUGUUAAUUUGAAACUGAAUCAGUUAACUUCACAAUACCUUAAAAAGCCAAUUCAGACUUCAGGGCAACUUAAUAUAAAGUAUUAGCGUACACAUCAGCUGUACAGGGUGUCAGUUUAAGUUUGGGCCUUAUUCAGUGUGAAAAACGGGCUAUAGCUCAUGUUCCAAAAUGUAAAGCCUUUCUUGCUCUACAAGAGGGAAUUUUUCGAUAACCGGCUGUUGUCAGGAAAAGAUCUUAAAUUGUUCGCUCCAAAGGAAUGUUUGUGCUAUUCCAGUAUUUAGCAUAGCUGCAGCGAGAACGGUGAAACUUCUAGUUAAACUCCUUAGAUCAUGUACUGCCAUCAUUUAACAGCAUCUGCCAUUGAAAUCCAACAUGUUACAGGAUUGAGGCACUGUUAUAUUUUAGACUGCUUUUAUCACAACCCUGGUAAUCUGCCUGUCGAGCCCUUUUCAGACAUGGGUUAUGUAACCUUACUGGCUUCAGUCUGUUUAAGUGAUGGUAUACUGUCAUUCAAACAUGGGUCACUUUUCUGUUGGCAUUUCU